AUGUCGAUAUCCCGUAUCGUCCGUCUUCGAUACCGUUCAGACCCAAAACCAACAUGCCCGGGUCUCCCCAUAAACCCACCAGGUCAAGGUCCCGUCCAACAAGUCCUCAACACCGCCGAACUCCUCUCCAAUAUCCUCGAGAACGUCGGUCUUCCAACGAAGUUGACAUCCAAGGAUUCCGUCUCAGCCUUCAUCUCUCUCAGCAAAUGUCUUCGAGUCUGUAAGAAGUGGAAUGCCACAAUCCUGGGGUUCAGAGAAGUCCGACAGAAGCUGUAUAGGGAUGAUAAAAUCCUCGAUGUCAACUCUGAUGACAAGGCGAUGAAAGAGAAGAAGAAAACAACGAUGACGGUCGUUGUUUGUGAACCAUUCAUUAGGGAGGUUAUGCGUUGGGCCAACUUGAAAGAAUGUAAACACAUGGGACCCGGCGAGUUCCUAAAGAGGGUUAGGUUCCCCGCAAACCUCUAUUUCACUCAACCGCCCGUUCGUGAAGUCUCUUUCACAUUCUCAAUGAUCUAUGGAAGACGUGUCGAUUGGGUCUGUGGGUUGUUUGGCGGUAACCCGAAUGAGUAUAUGAAGUGGGAUAAGAAGACGGAAACGCUACGAUACUUUUGCGAAAGCGGAGUUAAAGUUGGGGGGAUUGCUGAAAUUUUGCAGAUUAUGGAGGAGUAUUUGAUUAGGGGAACCAUGCUGGGAGUGGCUAUUGGAGCUAUUGGGUGUGGAGAGGAGAGUGAGGGGUUGCCGGUUUGGAUUGAUUAUGAUGGGGAGGGGAUGGAUGGGAUUAGAGAGAGCACUGGAGGGAUGCCGGAGGUUAUCUUGGAUAUGUUGAAGUUAGCUCGGAGGCAAAGACGGUUUUUGAUGGCUUAA